AUGGAGACUGAAAUGAGUUUUUCUCAAUUGGCUCCUCCAGUCUUUGAUGGUGAAAAUUACCAACUGUGGGCAGUGAGAAUGGAGACUUACUUGGAGGCUUUAGAUCUUUGGGAGGCCGUGGAAGAGGAUUAUGAUGUUCUUUCGCUGCCUAACAAUCCCACGGUGACCCAGAUCAAGAGUCACAAGGAAAGAAAACCAGGAAAUCAAAGGCGAAAGCAACUUUGUUUGCUGGGAGAAUAUACAGGAGAUGAAAGAAUACGAGGCAUGAAGGUGUUGAAUUUAAUAAGGGAAUUCGAGUUGCAGAAAAUGAAGGAAUCUGAGACUGUCAAAGAAUACUCAGAUCGGUUGCUUGGCAUUGUUAACAAGGUAAGAUUGCUUGCCACAGAGCAAAGGAGGCUUAUGAGGCAAGAUGGUAGGGUUGAAGGAGCCCUGGCAGCCAACCACAAAACUCAAAGCAAGGGUAAUAAUGUUAAAAAAAAUUACCCGCCUUGUCAGCACUGUGGCAAAAAAGGUCAUCCACCAUUCAAAUAUUGGAAGAGGCCAGAUGCAAAGUGCAAAAUUUGCAACCAACUUGGUCAUGAAGCUAUAAUUUGCAAAGGCAAAUAUCAAAAGCAUGAAGCAGAUGCCCAAGUCGCCAAUGAAGAAGAAGAAGAUCACUUGUUUGUGGCAACUAUUCUUUCAACCAAAAAAUCUGAUUUUUGGUUGAUUGACAGUGGUUGUACAAACCACAUGACAUAUGACAGAAAUCUUUUCAAAGAGUUCACGUCUAUAGGAAAUAAGAAAGUCAGAAUUGGAAAUGGUGAUUAUAUUCUCGCUAAAGGAAAAGGAACUGUUGCAAUCCCAACAAAUUCAGGUACUAAGAAAAUUUUAGAUGUUCUUUAUGUUCCUGAUAUUGAUCAAAAUUCAUUAAGUGUUGGACAACUAAUGGAAAAAGGAUUUAAAGUAUCCUUUGAAGAUAAAUAUUGUUUCAUUUAUGAUGUAACUGGACUUGAGAUUUUAAGGGUUAAAAUGAGAGGUAAAAAUUUCUCAUUUGAUCCAACCGAAGAUGAAGAAUGGAGCCAAAAGAAUCUACUAAGUGCAG